CAGCAGGGAGUAGAAAGCUGUCAGGUGGAGGAGUAGAAGAAGAGAAUGGAUUACGUCAUACUGUGCUCUCAUGAUGGCGGUUGAUUUGACUCCUCGGUUCAGAAGGUUGAACAGCCAAACGAGAAGUUUCCGUGAAAACGUUCAGCAUGGCUUUUCAGGACCCUUUGGAGCCACCCAGCUGUGGCACAACAUCAUCCAUGCCCUGCAGACUCAGGUAGAGGUGCGCCGCUGCAGGAGACACCUCCGUGUUCAUGCUGAAUGUUUCACAGGCUCAGACGCCGUGGAUGCAGUUCUCAGUUAUCUGAUGCAGAAUGUAGCGUUUUGCAUGAGUGAGGUGUCUCGCCUCAAAGCUGCUCGGCUCUGCCAGGCCCUGAUGGAGGCCAAGGUGUUUGAGCCAGUGGGCACGAAGCUGUUUCGCAGAGAAAAGGAGGUGACCUUUGAGGAUAGCAGCUGCAGCCUUUAUCGCUUUCUGGAAUAUAAAGUGAGCAGUUCUGCCAUGAAGGAUGACAGUGUUGAUGCAGAAAACAUGCCACCAGUGGAACGGGAGACAAAGAGGAAGAAGAGCUCAAGGUUGAAUGAGCUGAGGACGAUCUCAAAUCCUCUUGCUGUUGGACCAUCAGACAGGAGGGUUGAAAGGCUCCUGAAAACCAUCGACCUACAACCGUCCUUCUCCCAAAAUCUGAACACAACCAGCACAACUCCUGGCUUUCUCUCUAAAGCUGUGGUGGAUGAGGUUUGGAAACAGCAGACCCUGCUGCAGUUGCUGCAGACCAUCGAGUUGCCCAUGUUGGACUGCAUCCUGACCUCUCCUGAAAGGAUUCACCUUCAAGCCUGCAGAGUUCCUCUGGCCAACCAGGACCUGAUUUUCUCCAACACAUGCCUGGAAAGAGAGCUGCCUGACUCCCUCAACCUACCCCAGUUGGAUGCGUGGCUGUCAGCAGCAGCAGAUUGCUUGGAGCUGUUUCCUGAUCAGCUGAUCGUGGUUGCAGGGGAACAGCUCAGCCAACAAGAUGGCUAUACCUCUUUAAUUGAUGGCAAUGCAGAGCACAUGGCAAGCCAGAAAAGGCUGCUCUUUGACACUAUUGCCAGGUACUACAGUGGACAGGAAAAAGCUCCACUACUCUCAGGACGCUACCUGGAUAUACACGCUGCUAUUCUGAAUUUACUGGAUGAAGGGAAGUCACAGGAUGCCAUCAGAGCAUCUCAGCUGUGUUUGCGGCUGCUGGAGACGAGCUUGAGAGAUGAACUGCGGAGACUGUUGACCUUCAUGGCCACUGCAGCUCAGACUGAUGCCUGCCGGCUACAGAAGCAGACUGAUAACAGGUACUUGAUCUGCCGCACCUUUCAGAGAGCUCUUGUUCAGAACUAUGAGCUGACUCCAUCACAGAGCGAAACGCUGGUGUUCUUUCUCAUGGACAAUCACACUGAACUCUUCAAGACACCUGCAACCCUGAUUGAAGCUGUGAGGAGAACACUGAGGACUUUGCAGCAGGGCAAAGACCCCGACUCAAUUGCUACCUUCACUUUCUGCCAGCAGAUGACUCCACAGGAGUAUGAGGAUCAGCGCGAGGCUACCACCCUGGAGAGCCUCAAACAACUUCUUUGUGACAUUUCAUCCAACAAGAACAUGCCAGUUAAAGAGAAGAGGAAGCUCCUCAAAGAGUUCGAGAAGCAUCAUCCUGUGGUCUUCCUUCAGCACUUCUCCAGCACUUUCUGAAACCAAACUGGUACUGGUCUGAUUUCACAGAGGCACUUCAAAGGUUUUAGUGACGCACCUAUAAAUGCUAUUUAUACUGACACACUGAAGAAUUUGGAGCUUUUUUUUUAACAAGGCAUAAUUUCAGCCAAGCUUGUAUAAGAUUUUUUGCACUACUUUGAAAACAGUAAUUUUUCUUUAUAUGAUCAAAUGUUUUUAAUGAUGGUCUAAGAAUUUAUUUAGUACUUUAUGUUAACAAAGAGUUUGUUGUGUAUAGAUCAACAGUUAAAUCAUACAUUUCUGUGCCAAAUGUGAGGUGCUAACUGUAAGAAAUCAGUGGUGAGAAUUUAAAAAAAUUGGGCAGUUAGCCAGCUGUUCAGCAGCUGUAAUUAAUGAGAAGCAUGUGUACCAACCAAUUUUGUUAAGGUUACUUUUGGCUUCUCACAGUGCUCUUGGGUGCUGGAGCAGUGACACUUCAUAUACACUGAAUAAUAAUCAUGUUUGGUAGCAUGUCGUGUUGAAGGAAAAGUAGUAAAAAUGAAGUGGUAAUGUCACUGUACUUUGUUGCAUGAAUCAGAUUUUCUAUUAUGACUUUCUUGUUAGAUUUAAUAUGAAAUUAGAGGAUACAUUAGUAUGUUAGGCUGAAGAUAGCUCAGGGUAAUGUUAGCUUUAUUUUAUGGAUUUAUCAUGACUACCGGUAACUGAAAUAUUUUGAAUUCUAACUUUUUUUACUUGAAUUGUGGGCUUUGUGACUUGAAUGAAAAUGUUUUAAGUUUUAUGAAUUGAUAUAAAUUUUAUGAAUUUUAGGCUACUAAUUUAAUCUUUGGUCAAUGUAUUGCCUUAUUUAGACUUAUGUAGUUUUAUUCUUUAUGAAGCAAGCUUGUACAAAAAUAAUUCACUCAUUUAUGUAAUCUUUUGUUUGAAAAGGCAUACAAUUUGGGGGUUCACUUUAAAAUCCUGAAACA